AUGGGGGACGAUCCGGAAAGGCUAUAUCGUUUGGAUGGAGUUGCUCACAUAGCCGGGGUCAUCAACAACGAGGUGGCCGGAUUAUACCAUCUUGCGAGACUGAACGAUAGAUGGUUCCGAUUAGAUGAGCCCCUUAUCAGUGCCUUCGUCGAGCGGUGGCGUCCGGAGAUGCACACAUUCCACAUGCCGUUCGGAGAGUGCACGAUCACACUUCAAGACGUGGCCUACCAGUUGGGGUUGCCAGUGGAUGGACGUUAUGUCAGUGGUUGCCUGACAGAUUUCCAGAUAUACAUCCAGGGUGACCGUCCGGCUUGGGUGUGGUUCCAGGAGUUGCUUGGUGUGUUACCUUCUGCGAACCAAAUUCAGAAGUUCGCAGUGAACUGCACCUGGUUCCAGGAGACUUUUGGAGAGUGCUCCGCGGGAGCCGAUGAGGAGAUAGUGAGAUGCUUUGCUCGUGCCUAUAUCAUGAUGUUGUUGGGCAUCCAGUUGUUUGCCGACAAGUCCAGCAAUCGUAUUCACAUCAGAUGGCUACCCUAUGUGGCUAGGCUUGAGGAGAUGGGUGGAUACAGCUGGGGGUCGGCGGCACUAGCAUGGUUGUACAGGUGCAUGUGCCGAGUGGCCAACAGGCAUGUGGUGAAGUUAGCAGGUCCAUUACAGUUGCUUCAAUCCUGGAUCUUCUGGCGCUUUCCUGGAUUUAGGCCUGCUGGUUAUGACGAGUUCAGCUGGCCCUUGGCCUCGAGGUGGUCAGGUCACAAUCCUUCCGGUAGCAAGAAGGGACCUCGAGUGCAGAUGUGGAGGCUCGGGAUAGACAUGUUACAGGCCAAGGAUUUUAUCUGGAUGCCAUAUAGCUCGCCCGACGUCCUUCAGGUUGUGCAUCUGGAGGUGUUGGAGCCUCGUCAUACGGCCUUAUGGCAGUGUGUGACGGCACUGAUAUAUUUUACCGUCGUAGAGUGGCAUCAGAUUGACAGGGUGUUACCCCAGUUCGGCGGAGUAUAG